CACCUGAGGGCAAGAGCGGAGGCAAAAAGAAACAGGCAGGGAGGGCUGACCUUGUUGCUACUGACAGUGGAGCGGCGCAUCCUGCUGCUUCCUGGAAAGCGGCCCGAAAGACAUUUUUUGCCCCUGGAGGAAGGAAACGGGAGGGCGCCGGCCGGACGGCGGCGGGCGCGGAGGCGUUGGUCCGGGCAGGCUGUGCAGCCUCUAAGCGGGGACGGUCCGAGGACUACAUCUCCCAGGCUGCUUUGGGCCGCCCUGCGUCGUAACCCCGGCGCGCACGGAGGCGGCGACUCUUACCUCACAAAGGUAGCUCCUCCGCCGGCAGCAACUCGGCGCCCGCGGUCCAUGGACCGGAACCUCGGGCCGACGGACAGGAACCUGGGCCGCGAUCGCCGCCUCCCCGCCUCAGGCUCCUCCUCCUCGUUCUCCGCCGCCUCCACCGGACGCCCGCAGGCCCCGCACCGCCGCCGCCCGGCUAGCGCAGCUGCCCCGGGAAGCUGGGUGACGGGUUCGCGGCUGCCGCCGGACUGCGGCCUACUCCGCCGUCUCUCAGUGCUAUUGUCCCUGGGCCUGGCCUUGAGCGGGUCCACUGGGGAGGGCCGAGUGCGCCGGCUCCGCGGAAGAUGCCGGACCAAGCCUUACAGCAGAUGCUGGACAGAAGCUGCUGGGUUUGUUUUGCUACUGAUGAAGAUGAUAGAACAGCUGAAUGGGUGAGACCAUGCAGGUGCAGAGGAUCUACAAAAUGGGUUCACCAGGCCUGUCUACAACGCUGGGUGGAUGAAAAGCAAAGAGGAAACAGUACAGCCAGAGUGGCAUGUCCUCAGUGCAAUGCUGAAUACCUAAUAGUUUUUCCAAAGUUGGGUCCAGUGGUUUACGUCUUGGAUCUUGCAGAUAGACUGAUCUCAAAAGCCUGUCCAUUUGCUGCAGCAGGAAUAAUGGUCGGCUCUAUCUAUUGGACAGCUGUGACUUAUGGAGCAGUGACAGUGAUGCAGGUUGUAGGUCAUAAAGAAGGUCUGGAUGUUAUGGAGAGAGCUGAUCCUUUAUUCCUUUUAAUUGGACUUCCUACUAUUCCUGUCAUGCUGAUAUUAGGCAAGAUGAUUCGCUGGGAGGACUAUGUGCUUAGACUGUGGCGCAAAUACUCGAAUAAACUUCAAAUUUUAAAUAGUAUAUUUCCAGGGAUUGGUUGUCCUGUUCCUCGAAUUCCAGCAGAGGCUAAUCCUUUAGCAGAUCAUGUCUCUGCUACUCGAAUCUUGUGUGGAGCCCUUGUCUUUCCUACUAUUGCGACAAUAGUUGGUAAAUUGAUGUUCAGUAGUGUUAACUCUAAUUUACAAAGGACAAUCUUGGGUGGAAUUGCUUUUGUUGCCAUAAAAGGAGCAUUUAAAGUUUACUUCAAACAGCAGCAAUAUUUACGACAGGCACACCGCAAAAUUCUGAAUUAUCCAGAACAAGAAGAAGCAUAAAACUGACUUCUGGUUGUUCUGCAGUUCUCUCAUCCUUAUGAAUCUGUUGUGUUGUUUUAAUUCCAUCAUUAAUGCUCUUGUGGAGACUUGUGAUAAGCUGCUGCUCCUAUAUUUUUUAAGGAAUAUAAUAAAGCACUUAGGGCAGGGGAAAUAAUCUCGGUAAUCACGGAACCUAAGGAUGUGAUUUGUUUUCAUUGUUUGUAUGUACUACUUUUAUGGCAGUCAUAUGAACCAUUAUCUUAGCAUGGUAAACCUAGGUUUUGUUCAUAUUUUCUCCAGACAGAAAUGCAAAGAUCAAACUGUGCAAAUAUUAAAAAAAUGCACAUGCUGUUUUAUUCAAAUGCCUCUUUUGUACAUGUUCAUGUUUAGUGUUUUCUCAGAAUCAGCAACUCAAUUAAGGUACUAUGAGGAUUUUUCUCACUGACAUAAUUUGAUUACAUACUAAAUAAGAGGACAUGUUAAUAUGAGGAAAUGUAAAUUAAAUUAGUUAUAAAUAACCAAAAAUGUAUGUAAAGAUUCAAAUGAUUAUCUGAAUAAAUGAGAUUUUGUGGUGUUUUCUUUAACCCAUAUGAUGUCCUCCAAAAUGUGUAGGGUAAAAAUUCACAGGGCUUCCAGAUCACUUUUUCACUAUUAAAUUUUAUUUGCAUAAUGUUGACAUCUCAUACUUCAUGAAGUAAUUUUGACUCAUCCAGUUGUGUAUGUGUGCGCGCGCGCGCGUGUGUGUGUGUUUCAGUGUUUCAUCAGGUCCUUCCAUCUCUGGGAGUUUUUUCAACCCAUAUUUCUAGAAAUUACAGCUGCCAGUUUAUGGUAGUUUGAGCAGAGAAUGAUUUGCAAAAAUAAAAAUAAAGUUAUUUUA